UUGCUUUGCGAUAUAAAAUUGUGCGUACCGCGUUGUACUGAGUUCGAUGUGAUCGGUUUAAAAGUUGAGAAAAACUUUACUAUUGUUUUCGCUUCACUUUGCUUCAUAUUCCACUGCGCUCGUUAUGUCUCGUGUAACAAAAAUUAAACAUGUACUAAAGGAACAAGAGGCAGACAAUUUCGAUGUGCCCAAAGAAAAUCAACAAAUCGUGCGCAUCGUUGCCAGCAAGGGUAAUAACUUACACGAGGUAGAAACGGCCCAAGGUGGCGAGGAAGAACGAUUCCUUGUCUCGAUGCCGGUAAAGUUUCGCAAAAAUGUGUGGAUCAAACGGGGCGAUUUUGUACUGGUGGAACCGAUCGAGGAGGGUAACAAGGUGAAGGCAGAAAUUUGCCGCAUUCUGACGCCGGAACAUGUCAAGGUGUUCGAAAAGGAAGGUGUAUGGCCACGACAGUUUAGCAAGAAACGAGAUUUGGAAGACGAUUUGGAUGAAGAUGGUCUGUUUCGGAACACGAACCGCAAAUAUCUUGCCCAGAGUUCCGACGACGAUGAUGAUGAAGAGGAUGAUGAUAAUGAAGACGAAGAUACGGACGACGAGAAUGAAGCAUCCCGGGGAGGAAGUAACACACAAAAUCAAUCACCAAUGGACCGAUAAAAGAAUAUCCCGUUUAAUAGGUAUUAUGCGACGAUGCGUUUAUUGUUUAAUUGUUAAGAAGUAUCAAAAACUGCUGAAGAUACAUAUGUCUGUACAUUUGUAA